CGAAGGCAGCACCAAGCUACACAACUCAGUUUACUACCAUCGUAAAUCGACGCCGCAUGUCGUCUCGCGUGUUUUUGUUCCCGUGUGCAUGGUGUUAGUGGAAUAACAUAACAGCAAAUUGCUUUGUGCUGUGUUAUUAGUGCUAUUGUGUCACAUUGUCGGUGCGAAGGCUCCAGUUACUUUGUUGUGAUGCAUUUGAGGAUAUACCUAUGGCUGUCGUGUGUAGUCCUCGCAGGAUAUGUUCGAGCGACAGAGGACAGCGCAGCCGCCGCAUCCAAUCAAGCGCCACCAGACUAUGUUGACGAUGACGGAUCUGGCCUAGAGGGCGACGAGAGUUCUGGCUCCGGCUGGGGCGCGGGCCCCGGCGUGGACGACGAGGACGGCCGCGGAUCAGGUGAUGGGCCCGAGGACGACGAAGACUACACCUUCGGCGACUACACCACAGCCAGUUCCAUCCCCAUAUCAGACCUCCCCAACACCACCACUGUCCCGGAAUUCUUUGCCCCCGUUUUACCGGAGUCGACACCUGCGAUCCCGGCAGAUUUCGAUGUAGUCAUUCCCCGCUUGAAGCCAGCUGAGACCAGCAACCCCGAAGUGGUGAUAGGAGGCGCGAGGGACACUCAACCCUCGCGCCCGGACCAGACUGACAUCAGCAUCUCUGGAGAGGAAACCAAUCCUGAACCCGACCAUCAACCCGACGGGUCAUCGUUCGUGGAAUCGAAGGUGGGCCCGGCGGACACCGGCGUUCUCAUUAUGAACAAACCCGAGGACCAAGCCACUAGCUUCUUCGCGCAGCCUGGCAUUCUAGCUGCCGUGAUUGGUGGCGCUGUAGUCGGAUUACUAUGCGCGAUACUAGUAGUCAUGUUCAUCGUGUACCGGAUGCGGAAGAAAGACGAGGGCUCGUACGCGCUAGACGAGCCCAAGAGGAGCCCCGCCGCCGCCUCCUACGGGAAGGGACACAACAACAGGGAGUUCUACGCGUGAGACGACACAGAACAAACCACGCCACGUGUUUACUAGUCGGCAGACCGACCGAGACUAAUCGCUCGGUUGUGAUCAAAAGCCGUUUAUAAUUUUCUUUUUUUAAAUUGUAUUUUUUUUAAAUUAAUAAAUUCCUUUCACGCAUGUGCGUCGUACGUGGCUGAAGUUGUUCUGUGAGUGGCAUAAAAUUUUUAAAUAUUUUUUUUUUUUAAUUUCAUUUUACAUUACGUUUGACAUCAUUUAUGUACGGCUUGUACUGUAAAAUGUACAAACCCUGUACAAAGGCAAGUCUAAACGAAGAGAUUGUUAGUGAUAGGCCAUUGAAAUGUUAAAUUAUUUAAAUUAUCAAUUUCAAGACCAAGUUACUCGAGUGCUGAUUGUCACAGCAUAUUGUUCUGAACUUUCGCUUUGAGACCAAUGUGGUUUGAAUGUUGUUGGAAUAUCAUUGUUCUAAUUGAUAAAUGGAUGAGAUAGCGCGUCUAAUGAUAUCUGUAAAAAUUUAUGUGCCAUCUGCUUUAUCUGUAUAUUGCCAGUUCUCUUCGCACGGACUAUAUAUAAAUAUUUAAAAUCCUUAUUCAUACUUAAUAACUUUACAUUUUUAUCUUUUUUUGUAGAUGUAGACAUGGGAUUUUUUUUAUACAAUUUUAUAUAUAUAAUUUUUUUAAUGAAUAAGGGACAACUAAAACUAGAGGUCUAUGGACACGUCCAUAUCUAUAUGUAUGUAAUAUAAUAUAAGUACUUGUAUAUCUUAAACAACACUAAAUUUUUAAUUAGAAUUUAUACAAAAAUGCUUUUUGCUUCCAUUAAAUCCAAGGAGUCAUCGAAAUUAAUAUUUUAAAGAAAUGGCUGUUAAGAUUUUUGAAUAACGAUUGCUAUAGUUUAUAUGUUCCUUUCUAGGUCUAUUUACUGAGCGGUGUUAUAAUAAGGUGAACAACUAUCUUCAAAUUAUUUUAGAAUGUAUUUUUAAAUCAAAUUGAUUAUUGUAACAUUUUUUAUCUUAUGCAGCUAGGGUUCUCUAUUCGGCUAUGAAAUAUCAAAAUUAAUUUAAUCAUCUAGUUAGAUUUAAUUUAAGUACAUGUAGAUAUUGGGUCUCUAUAUUUUUUUGUGUUGUUAUUAAUUUAUAAUACUUAAGAUUUUCUUUUGAUUCCACUUGAUUAAUUUAGUUUAAACAAAUCAAUAAAAAUAAUUCAUGAUUAAAAUAUUUACUGAAUAUUAUUCUUGGUUGUGCAACGAAAUCAUAUAUUUUUAUUAUUUUAUACUUUACUAUGUCUUAAAAAGCUAUGUGCCAUUUUCAUUGUUAAGAUAUUUUUACUACGUUCUCUGGAAGUUGUGUGCUUGUUACCUACCGAUUAAAUAAUAAUAACCCGUCAUUUGUUAAUUUAUCAUUAAAAUGCUGUCAAUUAAUUUAUAAUUAACUUUAUUUAGAAAAAGAAGAAUGAUCGUAAUUUAUUGUCAUCUCUGUUUUACAUAUUUUUAAUCCUGUCUAACAAUAAAAAAAAUAUUUAUUCCAUAUAAAACUAUAUAAAUUUGUAUAAUAGAAUAGUAUGCAAAAACACUGUAGUAAGUUCAACUUAUAAUUACUAAAAAAAUAAAUAUCAGUUCUAUAUAAAUCUCAUAAAAGUAAUAUAAGUUGAAUUGACUAUGAAAAAUAUGUUCAAAAGGUCAUAAUUUCAGUAAAAAUCUAAAUAAUUUUCAAUAUCACCGUAAUAUUGCUUAAUGAAAGGUUUACUCAAUGUGUUCGCUUAUAAGUGAAAUUGCUUUAUAUAACAAAAAAAUUCAACAUAAUAAUUAUUAUCUUAUGUAAAAUGUAAUGAAUGUCUUAACUCGGAUAAGAACAAUUCAUUAGAAAGUAGACUAAAAUAUUCGAUAAGGUUGUUUGCUUGUAAACUGCGUUUUUAUAUAUGUAUAAAGGUAUUUAUGUGAUAAUAAAAAAUCACAGAAAUAAUAGUUAUUAGAAAUCGAUACAAUAAAAUACUUGUUAUAUCCCAUAUUUUUAGCUAGUGAAUAUUUUGUUGAUUUUAUAAUUUAUAAAGAUAAGGGUAUUCAUGAUUUACUACGUCCUUUAAUAUGUCACACGAUUCACCCUUUUAAAAAAACUGCUAUUUCGUAUAAUAAUCCACUGUGCUUUUUUUUCUUAGACAGAGUCGGACUAUUAAAGUUUGAACUCUCUAAGGGCUUGAACGUUACUAUUUUAAUAAGUAUCAUUACGAAAUGUAGUACCUUGAAAAUAUGUUUCGUAAUUAUACCUAUUGAUAUAGUACCUAUUGAUCUUGUAAACAUUUUGCAAAUCAAGUUAUAUAUGUAUGUAUAUGUUAGCUAAAACCUGAACUUAACGGGCAUUUUACAACUACGCACUUUAUUUUUAUUCAUAUUCCGUUUACGAUUUUUUUAAAAGAUUUAUUUAUUUAUAAAUACCAAUAAAUAACUAUACAAAUUAAAAAAAACGCAGUUUACAUACGACUGCAAAAAUAAAUUAACAUUCCAAUCAGAACCACUGGUUUGGAUAAUACUGAAAUUUAAUUAUUAUGCACUGUACCUUAAUUUUUACAUUUCAAAUGUAUAAUGGUUUCGAACAAAUAAUUAUUAAUUACGUGCUUUUUUCCUAAAUUAAAGAAAUAUUAAAGGUUUGUUUAAACAGAUUAAGCGUAAAUUUGAUAAAUACUACAAUUUAUGUAAACAAAUAUUGUAGAAUUUGGAAUUUUUUUUUAAAUUAUUCAAUGGAGUAGGAUAGAGUAUGAAUUCAUGUAACUUUGUUUUGAAUAACAACAAUAAUCUUUUAAUGACUUAACUCAUAAAUGUAAAUGAUACAAGGCACAAUAAUUAAAUUAUAGUACCAUGUAGGAGAGUUUAUGCUCGGCUAGCUUAAGAAUUUGUACAUUGUAUUUGUAAAUUCUCUUAGUCUACUGACAUAACUUAGACUGUGACGUCAUUAUAUCACUUAACCAAAAAUAAGUAGAAAUAAUCAGUAACAAAAAAAAUUUAAAUCAUCUUUUAUUAUUUGAAAAUCUCCAAUAGUUUACUUUAAUAUCUACAACAAACAGAGUCUCACCUGGAAUCUGACAUAAUUAACAUAAACUAUUUUUUCACAAGUAUGUAGGUGCAUAUUUAUUUUUCCUGUUGUACAUUUUAAUAAAAACAUUGGUACUAAAUUUGUUUAAUCAUUAAAUUGUUAAAAUAAAUUAAACUUGUAAUGUCAAAACAUUGUUCAUGACAAGAUGAAAUGAGAACAUUAUUGUUCCCAAAAGUGAAUAUUUUCGUUUUCGUUUGCAAUACAAGAGAGAUUGAGAAAUGAACGUGUGAAUUAUGUUUAUACAGAUGACUUUUUAAACGUCAGCUUAAAUUUCCGAAUAUUAUUAUAUUUAUUCUUAUAAAUAAGUUAUAAUUUCAUACAUGAGACAUCAAAAUGUAUUUAUUUGUAGGUAGUUUUUUUUAUUGUAUUUUUAUAUGUUAACAUCCUGGAACAUGAUAAAAAACUAUAAUCCCCCACUAAAAUUGGUUUGAAAGUUUAUAAAUUUUAAUGAAGUAAGCUGAUGCUGUCAUUUAAAAAGUCACAAUGUAUAUUAUAAACUACUUAUGAUAAGCUAGGUUGUUCACAUGAUGGAUGUCCACUGAAAUGUAAAUACACUCCUUUACACUUAGGUAAAUAUA